AUGGCUGUUACGUUUGAGGAGUACUUCUCCAUCCAGACCUUCUUGGUUGUAUUGAGAGAGACACUUGAGUCGGCAAUUAUCAUUUCGGUGCUACUCUCUUUUGUUCACCAGACAUUCAACGAUACCCAACUGAAAACACAAGCUACUAGACACCAUAACCAAACAUACCUGAGUAUAGAAGGCACGUCAUCUGCGCCAACUACUAGUACAACAACGGAAGAAGAAGAGACAGAAUUCGAGAAAGACGAAAGCAAGCUUUGUCGAUACUUGCAAUUCCAGAUCUGGCUCGGUGGAUUACUCGGAUUGGUUGUCUGUCUCAUCAUAGGGUCCAUCAUUCUUGGGAUUUUCUACAUCAUUGGCAGCGACUUGUGGUCCAAGGCGGAGCAUUACUGGGAAGGUACGUUCUCCAUCUUGGCCAGCAUAAUCAUCUCAGUCAUGGGGGUCAAGAUUCUCCGUGUGAACAAAAUGCAAGCCAAAUGGAAAUCCAAGCUUGGAAAGAUCUUGCAGUCGUCUGGGUAUUUGAAUAACCCACACAACAAGAAAUCCUUUGACCGUGCCGGUACAACAUGGGCGAACAAGGUGGAGCUCUGGUCUGAGAAGUACAAUAUGUUUAUUUUGCCGUUUGUCACCACCUUGAGAGAAGGGUUGGAGGCAAUUGCGUUGAUUGGUGGGAUCGGUAUCAAUGAGAACACCACGGCGAUUGCGUUGGUGAACUCAGCUGUGUUGGCUGUGGUGAUUGGUUCGUUGAUCGGGGUCGCAUUGUACAAGUAUGGGAACACCAUGUCGUUAAAGGUGUUCUUAAUCACAUCCACUUGUUUCUUGUACCUCGUGGCUGCUGGGUUGUUUUCCAAGGGUGUGUGGAACUUUGAGUUACAGAGGUUCAUCGACCAAUGUGGAGGCAUGGAUGUGAGUGAAACUGGCCAUGGACCUGGUUCGUAUGAUAUAGCCGUUUCCGUGUGGCACGUCAACUGUUGUAAUGGUGAGUUGCAAGACGACGGAGUGUUCUGGAUGUUGUUCACGGCCAUUCUUGGAUGGACCAAUUCUGCCACCAUUGGAAGUGUUGUCAGUUACAAUGUAUACUGGGUGGUGGUAAUAGCUGUGUUCUGGGCGUUGAUACACGAGGAGAAACACGGCUUCUUACCGGUCAUCCCAAUAUCAUGGCAGUUGAAGAGAAUAGAAAAGAGAAAGAACUUGUACCAGCCAUUAGAUGCUCCAGAGAUCGGUGUUUUGGAGGAGGUGAGAGAUAGCAUGGACUCGUUGAAUUCACAGACUCCACUCCAACAGAGCUAG